ACAAUUCUAGGGUUUUACUGCCGUCGCUCGUCGCCCUGAAUCAACAGAGAAAGAAACAGUGAAAGAGAGACAGGAUGCCGGCGGGUCACGGUCUUAGGUCGAGAACGAGGGAUCUCUUCGCCAGGGCCUUCCGCAAGAAGGGUACCAUCCAUUUGACCACUUACCUGAGAACCUACCGCAUUGGCGAAUAUGUCGAUGUCAAGGUCAAUGGAGCCAUUCACAAGGGAAUGCCCCACAAGUUCUACCAUGGUCGUACUGGCCGCGUCUGGAACGUUACCAAGCGCGCUAUCGGCGUUGAAAUCAACAAACAGGUUGGUAACAGGAUUAUCAAGAAAAGGAUCCAUGCUCGGAUAGAGCACGUGCAGCCUUCUAGAUGUAAUGAGGAUUUCAAAUUGAGGAUCAAGAAGAAUGACCAGUUGAAGGCUGAAGCUAAAGCAAGAGGUGAGGUCAUAAGCACUAAGAGACAACCAAAAGGACCCAAACCAGGCUUCAUGGUUGAGGGUGCCACCUUAGAGACCGUCACUCCUAUUCCAUAUGAUGUUGUCAAUGAUCUCAAGGGUGGAUACUAGGUUAGGUUUCUUAGCUGGUUCUUUUUUGUAUUCCAUCCGAUUUUCUUUCUUUGGUUGAAGACUCUUUUUGUUUAUGAAUCAAAGCACUGAUAGUGAAUUAUCAAAGUUUUGUUUACACUAUAGACUUGACAUUCCUUGUAAUUUCUCUUCUGACAAAUUAUCAAAGAAAUUUGUAUGGUCUUGUCUUUC